AUGCGCUACGUCGCCUCCUAUCUGCUGGCCGCCCUCGGGGGCAAUUCCUCCCCAAGCGCCAAAGACAUCAAGAAAAUUCUGGACAGCGUGGGCAUCGAGGCCGACGACGACCGGCUGAACAAGGUUAUCAGUGAAUUGAAUGGGAAAAACAUUGAAGACGUCAUUGCCCAGGGUAUCGGCAAGCUUGCCAGUGUACCUGCUGGUGGCGCAGUAGCUGUCACUGCGGCCCCGGGCUCCGCAGCUCCUGCUGCCGGCUCCGCCCCAGCUGCAGCGGAGGAGAAGAAAGACGAGAAGAAGGAGGAGUCCGAGGAGUCGGACGAUGACAUGGGAUUUGGUCUCUUCGAUUGA